ACGUGGGUUUAUAUGUUAUGACAUAUGUUGCCGAUUUGAAUAUCGUGACUUGGUGUAUAUUUUGGUUAAUUUUAUAAAUAUUUUUACAUCUAAUCUUGUACAAAAAUGGAAUUGUGGAACAAACGAGAUUUAGCUCCCCCCGUGCUGAUUACGUUUAAGUGCAAGACGAAACACUGUAAAGAAGAUAUUCGUGCCCUAUGCACGGCUCUAUCCACCGCGUUAAGAUACUUCGAAUCGCUACAAUCGUUCGAAAAGGCAGCCGCAUACGUUUCCCGUUUUUCGAUCCGAUGGAACAAUCGGUUCUACAAUAUGCACGGUUUCCGUUUGCUCAAACGGCUUAACCAAGCUUUACUUCGCUUUCGCAGUGUGGACAUUGUUCGCGUGUUGACCGACCUUGUCAGUAUGAUGCCCGAUGUAAACUAUCUGGAGAAAACAGUGGACUUGCCAACGAGAGCCAGCUUGGAUUUUCUACUGAUACGUCUUCAAGGCCUAGCAAAACUGUUCUUCAGGAUUGUUGUUCUAUCAAAAGAUGCUGCCAAAUACUAUAUAAGAUUUAUAUCGGCGUGUUAUUUCUUUAACCUUAGUUCGAUGUUUUUGUGCUUGUUAGCGGAAAUAUGGUACAAAUCUAGAGAUAUAUGUCAACAAAUAGGGAAAUUCUACAAUCAGCUGUUUCCGCUUCGAAUGUUACUAGCUGAUGACGGGAACGAGUGGCCUUCGAAAGGUGCUGCGGCGUUGCCUGAUAAUUUAGUGGCGUGGAUGGGCGAUGAUUGGACUGAGGAAAUUGUGAUAAGGGAGGAUCAAUCGACAGUACUUAAUCUGCGGCCUGGUACUGACCUGUUCCUGUUGCUAACUGGCGAGGAAGAGGAUCUUUCUAGUAGCAGAAAGAUAGAUGCUCGCAUUGACUCGAAAGUUUCCGCGACGAAGGAUUCCGCAACAUCGCUUCCCAGGACGAUUUUAAUGCAAAAUAUCAAAUCUGAUAUCGGUGAGGUAGUUGUUCGGCAAACAAAGAAACCGAAGGAAAAACAGAUCGACUGGCGACCAGUGGAACGUCUGAAAUCAAAGUUUGACGUGAAAAAGUUCUUGGAGGAGGAAAAACAAAAACGCAAACAAGAUCUGCCACGCGCACUAACCAGUAAAGUGAAUUCCGCAGCUUUCAAUGCUUUUGCGUCCAGUAUGAUGAGGGAGAGCGGCAAAAUGUCCACUGGGGACUACGUGAGAGUUUUCACGGAAGAGCUAGAAGCUCUAGUGGGUAAAAAGAAAACCAGUUCCAAAAAGCAAAUAAAACGAUAAUUUGAAACAA